AGGCGCUUUGGGGGGCGGGCGCGCGGGCGGCGGCCGGGGCCAUGGCCGAGGGCGGCGGGGGCGCGCGGAGGAGGGCGCCGGCGCUGCUCGAGGCGGCCCGCGCGCGCUAUGAGAGCCUGCACAUCUCGGACGACGUAUUCGGCGAGUCCGGCCCGGACAGCGGCGGGAACCCCUUCUACAGCACGUCCGCCGCCUCGCGCUCCUCCUCGGCCGCCUCCUCGGACGACGAACACGAGCGCCCCGGACCCCCGCCGCCUCCAGGCGCCCCCGAAGGGCAGGAGUCCGACGAGGACGAGGCCAGCGCGGGUUGGAGUGCCAAGCUGCGGGACCGCCCGCCCCCGCGCUUCGAGGACACCGGGGGUCCCACCCGAAAGAUGCCGCCCGGCGCCAGCGCCAUGGACUUCUUCCAGCUCUUCGUCCCGGAUAAUGUGCUCAAGAACAUGGUGGUGCAGACAAACAUGUACGCCAAGAAGUUCCAGGAGCGCUUCGGCAGCGACGGCUCCUGGGCCGAGGUGACGCUGCCGGAGAUGAAGGCGUUCCUGGGCUACAUGAUCUCCACCAGCAUUUCCCACUGCGAGUCGGUCCUGAGCAUCUGGAGCGGCGGCUUCUACAGCAACCGGAGCCUCGCCCUGGUCAUGAGCCAGGCCCGCUUCGAGAAGAUUCUCAAGUACUUCCACGUGGUGGCCUUCCGCUCCAGCCAGACCACGCACGGCCUCUACAAGGUCCAGCCCUUCCUCGACUCCCUGCAGAACAGCUUUGACUCUGCCUUCAGGCCUUCCCAAACCCAGGUGCUACAUGAACCCCUGAUUGAUGAAGACCCUGUGUUCAUUGCCACGUGCACGGAGCGGGAACUCCGAAAGAGGAAAAAGCGGAAAUUCAGCCUCUGGGUCCGGCAGUGCUCUUCCACUGGCUUCAUUAUCCAGAUCUACGUGCACCUGAAGGACGGCGGGGGCCCCGACGGGCUGGACGCACUGAAGAACAAGCCACAGCUGCACAGCGCGGUGGCCCGGAGCCUGUGCCGGAACGCCGCAGGCAAGAACUACAUUAUCUUCACGGGGCCCAGCAUCACCAGCCUGACCUUGUUCGAGGAGCUGGAAAAGCAAGAGAUCUACUGCUGCGGCUUGCUCAGCUCCAGGAAGAGCGACUGCACCGGCCUGCCACUGUCCAUGCUGACCAACCCGGCCACGCCCCCGGCCCGGGGCCAGCACCGCAUUAAGAUGAAGGGCAACAUGUCUCUGAUCUGCUGGUACAACAAAGGGCACUUCCGCUUCCUGACCAAUGCCUACUCGCCCCUGCAACAAGGGGUGAUCAUCAGGAGGAAGAGUGGGGGGAUCCCCUGUCCCUUGGCCGUGGAGGCGUUUGCUGCUCACCUUAGCUACAUCUGCAGAUAUGAUGACAAGUACAGCAAGUAUUUCAUCUCUCAUAAACCGAACAAGACCUGGCAGCAGGUGUUCUGGUUCGCCGUCAGCAUCGCCGUAAACAAUGCCUACAUCCUCUACAAGAUGUCUGAUGCCUACCACGUGAAGAGGUACAGCCGGGCUCAGUUUGGCGAGAGACUGGUGAGGGAGCUGCUGGGCCUGGAGGAGGCCUCCCCCGCCCACUGAUGCCUCCGCGGCCAGGCUUAAGGGAGGACCGGGGCCGGGAACCUGGAGGAGGGAGAGAGCCUGCCGUUGUGACCUGCCCAGCCAGAGCCCUGGGGCGCCCCUGGGGUGUUAGGCCCGGCCCACUGGGGAGCCCCGGGCCUCCGCAGGGCCCAAGGUGGGCCUGGUCAGACGAUGGCUGCUGUCCCGGUUCCCCUUCAAAGAAGAGCACGUCCUCCCUCCAGAAGCCGCCACCCACCCAGGGCCAGGGCGGCACUCAGACUCUACACGUGGGCCGGGCGCUGUCAGUGGCCUUUGCCCAGCGGGGCGCCACACCCCUGUGACCCCCGUGGAGCUCACCUCAGAACGGGGGACCUGGGAAGGCUGUUGCCACCGGAGGCACCAGGGGUGGGAGGAGCCGUAGUGUGUCCCGCUGGAAAGGCCUGCGCUGGGAGGAUGUCAAGACACAGGUGACCUGGUUCCACCUCGUGCCGCGUCCGCAGGGGACCAGAAGCAAGCCGGAGGUACUCAGGUGGCUGGGCAGGAGACCAGAGCGUUCUCCAGCACUCGCCUUGGGCAAGUCUCCUGGAACAAGAAACGCAGGGGGCCAUGAAACCCAGGGGUGGAAUGGGGGAGUGGCUGCCCAUUCUGCUGAUGAGUGAGGCGGCCCUGCUCAUUUCAUUUCUCUGAUUGGUGGCCGGGGUGGGGGGUGGGGUGGGAGGGAAAGGGAAAAUGCCAACAGAAGCGCAGUGAUGUGUGAUGCUAUUUUUUAUUUUUAAAUAUAUCUUCAGGUUAUUUUCUUACUGUUGCUUAAGAUCUUCUGUAAAAGGAAAACGUCCCCCUCCUUUUCCGCCCCCUCCCCACCCCCACCCCAGCCGUGACUCCUUGCAUGAGCACAGUUCUGGGCCCUGGGACUGUACCAGGGCGAGAGGGGGCGGCCGGCUUCCAGAACAGAUGUGGUUCCACUCCGCCGAGGAUCACGGGGGGCCUGUGGGCCUUACGCUUUGUCACAGACGUCACCAUCGGCGAAAAACCUGUUAGUGUCGCUGAAGCAAACGACAGAAGGUCUGGGGAGGACACUUGCUGCUUCUCCCCACCCCCACCACAUGCGAUGACCUGGCAGUGUCUGCCCGGGGCUGGCACACCUGAGCCACAGCAUCUGGGCCCCGUGGGAACGCAGGUCUGCGGGUCUCCUCGGGAGGCCUCGCCCGACUGGCCCACUGGCCUGCCCAUCUGCCCCCCAGACGAGAAACAGUGAUUUCCAGAAUUACACGACCCCCCUUGUACCCCAAUUUAUAUAGCCCCCUCGUUUUUUUACAAAUGCGAAAUCUCUUCUACUCAGGCUUUGGGACUUUGUUGUUUGUUCACACUCAGUUAAUUCCCAGCGUGGUUGGCAGCAUGCUCCCGACUCUGCGCCAUCCCUGUGUCCUGGGUUCCUGAGGACCCCCACACCCUGUGGUUGGAAUUCGAUGCCACGGAUUGUAGGCCCCAUUCUCAGUUGUGUUUCAGAACACCUUUACCGUGUCCUUUGAUUGGAUUGAAAGCACUUUUACCACAUGGAGAAAUAUAUUUUUAAUUUGUGACGCUUUUCUACGAGGUCCACUCUUUCUGAGUCUAAUGUGUUUCCAACACUUGGGGAGACUCUGAUGAAAGCUGAUGAAUUUUCUUUUCUGUCCAAAUAAGUAAAAGAAAAAAAUAAAAGUCUAUUUAGAUGCUGA